AUGCAGGAGAAGGAGUUGCUGGCAGAAACGGGGGGACUGUUCGAGAGCACCGCAGAGUUGUUUUUCUCAGAUGGCUGGCAUCUGGACAAGGAUAAAGAAGAUGCCAAAGUCUACAGCAAGAAGCACAACAAUCGCACCAUCUUCAAGCUCCAGGGGGUGGUGGAUGCUGCGAUAGAGGAAAUGAUAGACGACCUGAGUCCUGAGAAGAUGCACGAAAUCCCUACAUGGAACACAACUCUGAAAAAACUCCAUUGCCUCCAGAAGCUGGAUGACACCACGAUCAUCUUUUAUUCGGCCACACACGAGUUCAGUGCCAUAAUAUCAAGCAGAGAUCAAGCUAAUUUGAGGAAGUUUGGGUGGAAGGACGGCGUGGGGAUAUUUGCUUAUAAAACCGUUCAACUCGACGAAGUCCCGCCCCUCAAGUCCGUCGUCAGGAGUGAGAGUUUCGAGUGCUGUCAGGCCGUGUGGCCAGUCGAGGAAGACAAGACGAAGACUAAUUUUGCCUGGAUGAUGAACAUGGACUACAAAAUGCCCGCUCUUGUCCCCGGGAAGCUCUUCAACGAAGUCUGUCGGUGGAUUCUCUUGGAGAGCAUGAAAUGCAUGCACAAACAUGCCAAAGACAAGAAAGCUCAACGGGAAGCCGAAGCCAAGAAAUAAUCGUCAGAUCCAAAUCCCACAUUCCCGUGUCUCCCUCCUCGGAUUCUUCCUUGUAUUUCGAUAUUUGACAGAAAUUUUCAUCAGGGGCUUUUGAUCGUCUUUGAUCCUUUUGGGAUGUCCUUUUCUAGUCCAUGUUCAAGUUUUACGGGGAAUAAAGAAAAACAGCAAUACGAU